AUGGUCCAAGUCCAAGGACAGAAACAUCUUGACGAGAUACUCAAGGCCAGACACCACGAGCGCCACCAAAGACGAGAAACUCUACAAGCCCAAAUGGCCGAAAAAGAACUCGAGCUCAAGUUCCUCAAGCAACAACUAGCAGAAGUCGAAAACGACCCCAACACCCAAACCCUCGCCGCGAGACAAGCAGAACUCGUCAAAGAUCGUACAGCAUGGCUUUCUGACAUUAUCGCAAGCAAUGACAGACUAGAGUGUUGCGAUGGCCUUUGGCUUUCGGAGCAAGAUAAAAAGCUCCUCGUCGAGAUGAACAAAACCCUAGACAGGUUUGGACAACUUCGCGGGAGAAGUGUUGCAUUGCAAGCACAGUAUAUGGCUCUUCGUGAUGCACAAUUGAAAGUCGGAUUCUGUAAAUUGGCAAUUGAGACCUUAAAGCACCAGCUGAAAGGUUUGACUGAAGACUGCGGAGCUUUUCUAGGAUAG